AAAUUUUAUUCUAAAUUCACUCAAUUUUAUUCAAACACAACCUAUUAAAUUUUAGUUACGUUUCUUAUCACCAUUUAUAAAUUGACAAGUAUUAAUUACAAAAAAUUAACUUAAUCCAGAAAAAAAUUUUCCGGACUCAAUGAGAAUCAAUAUAUAUGAACUAGAAUAGAUUUUCUAAAAUUAAUGAGAAUCAAGUUUUCUGCUUCAAAAAUGUCUAAAAUCUCUUUAAAGACCUCCAGCACGCAAUUUUCGCUCCAACAUAUAAACUUGCCGACAUCCAAAAGGAAAAGUGAUUAUUUAUCAGAUACUUCUCGAGAAAAAUGGCCGAAAAAAAAUUCAAGGCUGAAGCCAUUCGGCUUUUGCUGUUCUGUGGAUCGUUUCGAUCCUCUCUCGCGAUACGAUCAACGAAUGCCGCCCUACAAGUCUUCGCUAACGGCAAUAACAUCCGUACAUGAGUGUCCGGUAGCUAAAAUGCAAAUGAAAUUCUCCAUGCCUCGAUUAUCCCGAGAGAAGAAAAGACCGAAAACAAGAACGUCGGACGUGGGGGAUCAGCAACGACAAACGAAAAAUCGUGAAUUAAGUUAUUCCUUGAUCGGUAGAAACAAUCGUUUUAUAAAACGGUAUCUGGAGAGUGAAAUUGCAUUGGCAAAGGAUAUAUUCUGGAAGGAAAGACAAAAAAUGUACAAAGAAACAAGCAACAAGGCGAUAAAAAUAGCAAAGAAAAAACACAAAAAACAUUCACUAAAACUGAAGAUGUAUCCACGAUGGUAUCAAGAUUUUUCCUUAGAUCAAAUGAGGAAUUUAAUGAAACUGGAAAAUGUAAUGCGCACCGAUUAUGAAGAAAAAAAGACAAAUGACACGCAAACGACACUGAUAGCUAUCGGCGUAAUUUCAACAUUCUUUAAAUUAAAACCGAGUACUAUAAAAGAGUUGCAUAAAUUGUGCAACUUGAAUAGCGUCGAUUUUCUACGGGAAAUUUACAGAAUCUUAACGGGAAAUGAUUUCUCCGAAGAGGGAUAUAAGAAAGUUUAUGAUUGCAACGAGAGGAUAAUAUUGUCGGCCAUUGCAUUUUUAACACUGCCAGAAACGGUAUGGGAACUACAUAAGAGAUUGCCAGCAGUAACUAUGCCAAGUUUGCCACCAAAACCAAAACUAGUAACAUAUCUGACGAGGCGAAAAGAUAGUUGUCCUUAUAAGGAAGAAUUAUUUACACGACCCGAUUGGGCCGGUUAUCGAAAUGCUUUGCAGAAAUGGCGAAAACAUUGCAAAUUAAUUGCAAUUCCGAAAGUGAUCUUGCCGCUGAACAAAUAUGGUUAUGUAAACGAGUAUUUUUUCAAUGAUAGAUCAGAAAUUAAAAAACGGACGAAAGAUAUUUCCACGGAGCAUCUCGAAGAAAUUACUACGAAGGAAUUGCAAAAAAUUUCUUUAAUUACAUGUGAUCAAGAAGAUAUAGAUUCCUCAAAAGAGAAAAAUUUGGAAGGUGGAAAAUCAGCAAGUUUCAAUAUUCUUCAAUCGUCAGACAACGGCAAAACAUCUGAUUUUAUUAAGAAAAAAUCUGAAACUGUAGAAAAUAAAAUUUACGGACCGCCAAAACCUCCAGCGGGUCAAAAUUCCUGGCUGGGAAAGAAAGACGCUGAUUACAUGAUAGCUGGCGUGUCUAUCGAGGAUGAUUGUCCUGUAACUUACGAGAUCGCAGGUGUGGUCAAUGUGGCACCUAGCAACAGCAACGAAAGGUUCUUCGCAGUGCUGAAACUUGACGAUCAGACCAAAAAGGUUUUUCCUAGUGGUAGAGAAAAUCUGUCAAUGAAUUGGCAAGAUUGGUUACAAAACGCUGACGAAAGCUACAGACAAUUGGAGGAAGAAACUGAUGAGUUAAUCAAGAGUGUACAGGCAACCAUAAAAUCAGCAUUUCCUGGACUCGUUUGUGAUAGUUGCUGCUCGUGCCGACAGACUAAAAAGUUUGACGAAAAAUUGCAACAAAGCAAAAUUAACAAGAUGUUAAUUGCGCAAGAUAAAGAGAAAAAUACACAUAUCGCAGAUUCGAUGGCAGUGCAAUCUUUAGGACAGAAUCCUUCAAAAUCAUUAAUUAAUCAAGUUGCUUCGGUACCUCAGCCCAUCAAAAAUGUUCCGCCUUGCUCGUGUGCUAUUCGACAAAUGGCUGAUAAGGACAUAAGUCCAUCUACGAGUAAGGAAGACAUUACUUGGACGAAGGAUGAAGAAUUGUGCCCUGGAAAGCAGUACAGGCCAAACGAGCCAGGUGCAUAUUCUUGCAAGGCGUAUCCUGGAGAUAAAUUCUGCAGGCAUAAUCCUUUUAUAAAGGAAAUAAUAAAGAUGGAGAGGAGAAAAAUAGAAAAGCAAAAAGAAGAAAAAGAAGUAAAAGAAAAGACAGAAUCCAUUGAAGCAAUUAAAGAAAAUACUACCGUUUCACAAAAGGAUAUUACGGAGAAAAAGAAAGAUAAAUUCAUUACUGAUUCUGAUUAUUCUGCUUAUCACAAUCCGUGGAACAUAGCGCGAACUGCUCCCUCGGCAACCGAUUACGAAGCAAACUUGAAGUUGACACCUCCAGCAUGGCCAACUCGUUCGCCAUUAAAAAUGCAAAAUGACAUUUUCUCCUUGCAGGAAUCAAAGAAAAUUAAAAAUGAUGCUUUAGAUAAGAAAAGUAAUGACAAAGAAUUCUUAAAAUCAUCAAAGAACUCCCCAAAAGAAAUGAGCGAAGAAAAAAAAAGAACAAAAGAUAUAAAAAACGAGAAAAAAGAACCGAUAUCUUUAAAGAAGAUUACAAAUAAUAAAAAGAAAUUGUCAAGUACAAUUUCCAGAUCGACGACAAUAUCUAAAACGAUAAACAAGCAACCAAUAAAGUCAUUAUUGCCUAACAAUCCAACAAAACGACCUAACAAAAUUAAUAAGGUGACCAAACACAGUUCUGUAAAGAAAACUAGAAACAAAAAUAUUGUAGAUCAAACUGAGGUGAUCGAAAAUCGUAAGCGAGAAUUGACGAGGUUGAAGAAUAAGUUCAAAUCUUCCGCGGGGAUCUUAGAUGACAUUCAACCGGCGAUUCUCCCAGAAAAAUUAUCGGCAAUUAGUCAUAAUCCGGAAGAGAAAAUUAGUCAUAAUCCGGCAAUUAGUCAUAAUCCGGAAAAGAAAAUUAGUCAUAAUCCGGCAAUUAGUCAUAAUCCGGAAAAGAAAAUUAGUCAUAAUCCGGCAAUUAGUCAUAAUCCGGAAAAGAAAAUUGAGAACAUAGUCGAUUUUGCUGCCGACGACGAAGAAGAGAGAUAUAAAAUAAAAAACGGUCCCUGCGGUUGGAAAACAAAGUCGGAGCAAGAACUUGCGGGGAAGAAGACUCUGGCUUAUCUAUGCGAGCCGGAUUAUCCUCUAGAGAUGAUGGCAGUUCGUCUUGAAGGACGACCGUGCCAAUGUAAGGAGAACAGAGAAAAGAAAAAGAUUCUUAUGUAUAACGUAGGUGGUCUGGUGGAAAGGAAAAUAGGCGGGAGAAAGGAUUUGAUGGACUUCAAAUCGCCGGAGGAAAGACGAAAUACAGCGUUGAAGGAUACAGCGUUGAUAAACUAUUUUACACAACGCGACGAUAACGCUCCUUGCCGGACGUCCUGCAGGAAGUUUGCUCGAAGUGCCAGACCUUGCAGAUUGAAAGUGGUAAAGCCCGUGUGUGAAUGUAAAUAUAAGAGAAAGAUUGUGGAGCAAAAUGAAGAAAAAACUAAAUGGAAGGAUUGCCAACGAAGAUUGAAGACUUUCAAGAAGCAAUCUUUCACGCACAUUGCCGACAUCUCGAGACCGAUGAUAGAGGACAAGCAGUUUAUUAUAGCAGACGUGAAGAGGACCCCGCGGGAAGAUGAAAAAGACGACGUCAAAUAUUAUAUAUCAGGUGUGGCAGAAGAUAUUUCUAUGUUGCCAUCUCAGAAAAUAAUCGAUGGCCUGAAAAUGUCUACGCCUUUCCAAACACCCUUAUCUAGUGAAGAGGAUAUUUCGCCAACCGCUGCUUUGCAUCGACACUGGUCGCCAAUGAACAUUCCACCAGGUCCAUUGCCGAGAAAGGAUGCUGCCUUAAAGGAAGAAAUGGAGCGUAGAAAGAGAGUUAGAGACGAAGCAUUUAAGCUGAUUUAUGAGGAUAAGAACGAGCAAGAUGCAUCUUUGACGACUCGCAAUGGCCAAGAAGCAUUCGACGAGCACAAAUUGACAAAAAAUAUUGAUAAAAGAAAAGAUAAUAUAAAGGACAAUCAUACAAGUAUAAUUAAGAAGGGAACGUCCACAGAAAUAAUGAGAUUACAAUCAUUAAACAAGAAAACUGGCAGCAAAAUAGUACAUGAAAGAGGCGCAAAUAAAGAAAUUACUGAUAAAGUAAUUCGUGAAAAUAAAUAUUCCGAGGAAAUUGUUGAUCAUCAGAAAAAUGUAUCAUACAAACAAAUGAUCGAAAGGACAGAAGAAAAGAUUGAUAAUGAGAGUCAUCGGAUAAAAGGCGGUGCCGAUAAGAAAUAUAUAAACAACAAAUCUGAUCUUAAAACGAUAAUGAAGGCCGAAUUGAAGAAAAUGGCUGCAGAGGGUUAUACAUUCGCCAAAUUGCCGAAAUGUCAUCUAAUGCCGCAGCUUCAGGAUUGGCUUAUGUACAGGGAAGGUGUUGUUUUCUCGGAAACGGACAAAAAAAAUUUAAUGCAAGCAACCUGUGCCAUUUGGGAAUUAAUAAAUAAACGAGCGCAUAUAGUCGAGAAACCAUCAUUACAUAUGACGAUACAUCAGCUGAAGAUGUUGACUUAUAAUCAAGCCGAGAAGAUAAAGGAGAAGAUUGAAAAUGUCAGAGCGACAUUCCAUAGCAAUGUACGUAAAACGCGCGUUUCUUACGCCCGUAUGAUGUGGAAUACCAUGGAACAGGGAAAGUUUCCUUCCGUAUCGUUCAAGAGAACGUUUUUCACGUAUAUGGCUAGCAAAGAAGCCGAUGGACACGUUUAUAAACCGUGGUUAACUUCCGAAGAACAUGAACGAGACGUCGAUUUUUGUUGCUAGUAAAUUGUGUUAAGUUUAACUUGUACAAUUGUUUACAUAUAAUUUAAUUCGAUAUAACAAUACUAAGAAUUUUUUAAUAAUAUAAUAUUUGUUUAUUAAAUAUACUA